GUCGUAUCUGUCACAGAUCCGAUCCAAUCACUGUUUGUUGUGGCCAUAUGUUGAAUAUAAAUUCAAAGUAAAUUAUUACUGGGAAUGGAGACGGGGGCGCCGUUGGUGGUGCAGUCGGACGAUGGCCAAGGACAGCAAACCAUCGUGAUACGCCUGAUGCAGCCGACACCGGGCGCCAACGGACAGACACAGUGCAUGCCCAUAUCCGUGCAUGCUAUUCCUCUGUACAUCAUGCCACAGCCGCAGCAGCAGCAGCAGUGGCAGCCGCAGCAGCAACAGCAACAGUCGCUGGUGGAUCAAAAAUCGCCUUCCAGUCAUCGGAACCAACGUUAUUCAACGAGAGUGCAGUCAGAGGGACAAUAUCAGAGGGAGGCCAGGACGCUGGAAGAUUUUUCAGUCCCCCCAGGCAAAGUGGGUGGCCGGCCCAACGGCAACCAGAGGUCUAGACAAGUGUGCUAUAAAGUGGAGUACAUGCUAUGUCCAGAAGAUGCCUUAUAUUGCCAGCCAACGGAGCCCAAUGCUGGCAAUCAGUUCGGUGAUGUACGCGGCGAAGCUCCCUGUUGCAAUCAGUACUGUAUGGAUUAUCAGGACUCCCAGGCGGAAAAGGAGUUCACAUACGCCAUGGAAAACAUACCAAGGAAAUGUGGAAAAUGUCGAUGCGGCCCUUCGACUACACAGGUGGGGACAAUCCCAGGCAAGAGCGAAGAUAUCCAAUGGCAUCAAAAUAUUGCUCAGACAAGCCGUGAAGAAAGUAUCGAAAAUUAUGAUCAAAUGGAGCAGAAGACCGAAGAGGGCUACCGAAGGGAUCAGAAGACCGAAGAGGGCUACCGAAGGGAUCAGAAGACCGAAGAUGGCUACCGAAGGGAUCAGAAGACCGAAGAGGGCUACCGAAGGGAUCAGAAGACCGAAGAUGGCUACCGAAGGGAUCAGAAGACCGAAGAUGGCUACCGAAGGGAUCAGAGUACUAAUACAAAUGCUCAGGGGUGCCCAGACUCCCCGAAUCUGGAGUACAUCAAGACGCUCUGUGAGACGCUGGGUCGAGCCAUGGUUGCCUGUGCCACAGCGGCAGCGGAGGCUGCGGAGGUCAGGGGCAAGGUGUCUGCCAAUCUGGGUCUGUCCGCCAGCAACUGGGCAACCGCGCCCAGUUUGCUAAUGCAACAGACACCGACUACAAUGGAAGAACCGGCAUGCUGUUUAGACAGCCAGAUGAGUAUUACGGUGGAAAACAUCAACCCGGAGAUAACCAACAUGCGAGGAAAAGCUGAAAAGCUCAAACAGACGGCAGAGAACAGCUCAGUAGAAUCCAUAGGAGCCUUACGAGCCAUAGGAUCCCAGAGUUCAAUGGACAGCCCCGAGAAGAGAUCGUCGUACACCUUAAGAUCGAUACAGCAGACGCUUGACGUGUCACAUUCGAAAUUCCGGGACAUGCAUCAUAGCUCGAAAGGGGCUCCAGUCAGCAAAGACUCCAAACAGUCGUCAGGAUCUUCGGAUAACAGUGCUAGGAAGACGAAGAGCACAUCCCGUGUCUCUACCCAGACUCCAAGAUCAAGUGGCUCAGCCUGUGCUUCGGAAGGAAAGAGCUCUGCCCGUGGCUCAGCCACUACGUCGGAACGGAGGAGUGAACGACCUGCAUCAAGUGCAACGGAAGGGAAGAGCUCUGCCCGUGGCUCAGACAUUGCUACGGAAAAGAAGAAGAGUUCUCCAAGGGGCUCGAAUCAGAGUGCUCUAUCUAUUGCUAAGCAAAGGAAGAAGAGCUCUCCCAGUGGCUCGAAUCAGGGUAUCCUAUCUUCAGGUAUUUCUAAGGAAAGGAAGAAGAGUUCCCCCCGUGGCUCGAAUCACAGUGUCCAAUCUUCACGUGUUUCUAAGGAAAAGAACAGUUCUCGUUGCUCAGACGGUGGCAGAGCAAUUCGGAGUCCAAGAUCUUCAGUCAGCGUUAGCGAACGAAAGAGUUGUGGCUCAGCAGGUGCUUCGGAAGGGAAGAGCUCUGCCCGUGGCUCAGCCACUAUGUCGGAACGGAAGAGUGAACGUCCUGCAUCAAGUGCGACGGAAGGGAAGAGCUCUGCCCGUGGCUCAGACAGUGCUACGGAAAAGAAGAAGAGUUCUCCACGUGGCUCGAAUCAGAGUGUUCUAUCUAUUGCUAAGGAAAGGAAGAAGAGUUCCCCCCGUGGCUCGAAUCAGAGUGUUCUAUCUAUUGCUAAGGAAAGGAAGAAGAGUUCCCCCCGUGGCUCGAAUCAGAGGGUUCAAUCUUCAGGUAUUGCUAAGGAAAAGAACAGUUCUCCUCGUGGCUCAGACAGUGCCGUAGCAGUUCGGAGUACAAGAUCCUCAGUCAGUGCUACCGAGCGAAAGAGUUGUGGCUCAGCCUGUGCUUCGGAAGGGAAGAGCUCUGCCCGUGGCUCAGCCACUACGUCGGAACAGAAGAGUGAACGACCUGCAGCAAGUGCAACGGAAGGGAAGAGUUCUCGCCGUGGCUCGAGUCAAAGUACAGGUAGUUCUGCCAAACGCAAUUCUUCAGCCAGCAGCAAAAAAGGGUCUUCAGGGGCCAAGCCAGGCGGCAUCCGCUGUCCUACCAGCUGCCCCCAAAGCGCCCUAGUGAUGUCACAAGCCAGAAAGGUGAAGACGCCUUCGCCAUCCCCAGAAAAACGGAGAGAUUUCAUAACUACGGUGAAUAAAUCGCAGAGAUCGAUGACUUUGAAGCCCCUGAAAUGUUGUACAGCAUGCAAGUACAUCAACUACUGCUGCUGUAAUAGAUCACCAAGUCCUCCGAAACCAUUAGGUCAUUGCUGUAAAAAAGUUGGCUGCCCACCAUGGUAUUGUUAAUAGUUUCUAUAAACGGAAUUCCGGCAUAUACAUAUUAGAAAUAAACUAAAUGACAAAAAUCUA